CCGAUCCUAGUUAAUUUUUUUCCCUCUCUCCAGAGCCCGGUGCUCAAACUGUUAGUGGGAGUCUGUGAGCCAAGCUUUCACACAGCACCAAACGCCCCGCACUUCACAACUGACCCAGCGGCGCAGCGGAGCAGUUGUGCCCGGACAGCGCAGCGGAGAAGAGCGGAGCUUCCUCUGUGGGACCCCGAUACUCUCUUACGACCAAACACUACAUUGGCGCUCCUUUAGAUGAACAGCCUAGUGUGGUUUUGAUACACUUUUGAAGGGUUUAAGGACUGGACAGAGUCGGAUAGCUCAAGGCUGUGUGGUGAACACAGCUUCUUCUCAAACACUCCACUGACUUCACGUCUGCUCAGAUUUUUCUUUACGCCUGGAUUUAAAAACUUCAGUGUAUUUGGAUGAUUUGCCCCCUGAAUGUGAUUCAACUAACAUCUGGAGGGACCUCUCAGACCAGUCUUUCUCAAAAAGCCGAUCAACGUAUUUUAUUGUGAUCUUGUAAAGGAUUAGCCUACUGUCAAGACGGAAUUUGGUUGGGAACAGGCAGGAGUGUGUUUGUGGCAGUGCCACAUUGACAGCAUGUGUGUAAAGGUGGAGGAUGUCUGAGUCUGGUCUCAGUGGUGAGGACACUCGUCCCCGCGUCGUUCCGCCCGGGAUGGUCCCGCUCUGUCUCCUCCUGUACCUCGUGUCCCUCAUCGUCCCCUCGGUGGAUGGCGCCCACCUGCUGUCUCCAGAGCCCACAGACUGGGUUUCGAGUGAGGUGGAACCGGAAAUGUUUCUGGAAGACCACGUGGCAGGAGUCGGGGACACGGUGGAUCUGUCCUGCACACCGCGUGACUUCCUGCUCCCCAUCGUGUGGCAGAAAGAUGGCAACAUCGUGUCUCCUAGCAACCGUACGCGGGUGGGGCAAAAAGUGCUUCACAUCAUCAACGUCUCCUAUGAAGACUCGGGGGUGUACUCUUGUAAACAUCCCUACAGCAGCAUGCUGCUAAGCAACUACACCGUCAGAGUCACCGAUUCUCUGUCCUCUGGUGAUGAUGAGGACUAUGAUGAAGAAGAGGACGAUGCAGGUAAUGGAAAUGAAGCUCCAUACUGGACCCGUUCUGACCGGAUGGAGAAGAAAUUGUUGGCCGUUCCUGCCGCCAAUACGGUGAAGUUUCGCUGUCCCGCUGCUGGCAACCCCAUGCCCACUAUCCAUUGGCUGAAAAAUGGCAAGGAAUUCAAAGGAGAGCAGAGAAUGGGCGGGAUUAAAUUGAGGCAUCAGCAAUGGAGUUUGGUCAUGGAGAGCGCCGUUCCAUCUGACCGAGGGAACUACACGUGUGUGGUGCAGAACAAAUACGGGACAAUCAAACACACUUACCAACUGGACGUGCUGGAGCGCUCUCCUCACCGGCCCAUCCUACAGGCGGGACUCCCGGCCAAUCAGACAGUGGUGGUUGGCAGCGACGUGGAGUUUCACUGUAAGGUGUACAGUGAUGCUCAGCCACACAUCCAGUGGCUCAAACACAUCGAGGUGAACGGAAGCCAGUAUGGGCCCAAUGGCACCCCCUACGUCAACGUCCUUAAGAGUUUUGUCAGUAAGGUAAAAGAGGCCCACGAUACGCUGACUCUGUAUAAUGUGUCAGAAAAAGAUGCAGGCCAGUACUGGUGCAGAGCCAACAACUUUUUAGGCAUUUCAGAGAAUACGUUCUGGCUCACAGUGUCCCAGCCAGCGGUGGAGAUGGAGAGAGAGGAUGACUACGCGGACAUUCUCAUCUACGUGACGGGCUGCGUGCUCUUCAUCCUCACCAUGGUCAUCAUUAUCCUCUGCCGUAUGCGGAUGAACACGCAGAAGACGCUCCCGACGCCGCCCGUUCAAAAACUGUCCAAAUUCCCCCUCAAGAGACAGGUGUCCUUGGAGUCGAACUCUUCCAUGAAUUCCAACACCCCAUUGGUCCGGAUCGCCCGCCUGUCAUCCAGCGAUGGGCCGAUGCUGCCCAAUGUUUCUGAGCUUGAACUGCCCUCUGAUCCCAAGUGGGAAUUUCCACGUACAAAACUGACGCUGGGAAAACCGUUGGGAGAGGGCUGCUUUGGACAGGUUGUGAUGGCUGAAGCCAUUGGGAUUGACAAGGAGAAACCCAACAAACCUCUCACUGUUGCUGUCAAGAUGCUCAAAGAUGAUGGCACGGAUAAGGACCUGUCGGACCUUGUGUCUGAAAUGGAGAUGAUGAAGAUGAUUGGAAAACACAAGAACAUCAUCAACUUGCUGGGAGCGUGCACACAAGAUGGUCCUCUGUAUGUACUGGUGGAAUAUGCCUCUAAAGGGAAUCUUAGGGAAUAUCUGCGGGCAAGAAGGCCUCCUGGGAUGGACUACUCAUUUGACACCUGUAAGAUCCCGAACGAAACUCUGACAUUUAAAGACCUGGUGUCCUGCGCCUAUCAGGUCGCCAGGGGUAUGGAGUACCUGGCCUCAAAGAAGUGUAUCCAUAGGGACCUCGCAGCCCGGAAUGUUCUAGUUACCGAGGACAACGUGAUGAAGAUUGCAGACUUCGGUCUGGCUAGAGACGUGCACAACAUUGACUACUACAAGAAGACCACCAACGGUCGUCUCCCCGUCAAAUGGAUGGCACCAGAAGCACUGUUCGACCGUGUCUACACGCACCAGAGUGAUGUGUGGUCUUAUGGGGUUUUAUUAUGGGAGAUUUUCACACUGGGCGGCUCACCCUACCCAGGUAUCCCAGUGGAGGAGCUCUUUAAACUGCUGAAGGAGGGACAUCGAAUGGACAAACCUGCCAACUGCACUCAUGAACUGUACAUGAUCAUGCGGGAGUGUUGGCACGCCGUUCCUUCACAAAGACCCACGUUCAGACAGCUGGUGGAGGAUCACGACAGGGUUCUUUCCAUGACCUCCACUGACGAGUAUCUGGACCUGUCGGUACCGUUCGAGCAGUACUCUCCAACCUGCCCGGACUCCAACAGCACCUGUUCUUCCGGCGACGACUCCGUGUUUGCUCACGACUCCUUACCUGACGAGCCCUGCCUCCAAACAUCACCACCACACCAAUGGGGUCAUAAGAACAUAAGGAAUGGUGGUUUGUGGGGAUCUUUCGGUUUGCUGGACUGGACCGGCAUGUAGCGGUGUGCAGACGGGGUUCCCGGCACAGUGUGGAUCUCAACGAGAAGCUUCAGACUUCCAACUGUUCACAGGUCUGAAGGACAGAUUACGCUCCUGUCCUUCAGCUCCUCCUUUUCUUCCAAAUCAUUAUUCAGCUUUUUGUCUUCGAAAAAGAGAAUUCCUAUUUUUGUAUUCGGCCAGUUUCGUUUUUCCUUUGUCAGAAGGGUCAAACCAUUCCGUGCCUACCAAAAAACAAACAGACUGACAAAUGGCUGGACAGGAAACAAAAAGAACGGAUCAACACUGUGUAACGGCACAGUUCUGAAGCGGUGGACGGGAAGGGGUUUUCACAGCAAUAUCUGACUGGAGUGAGAAUCAAACCCAUGGCCAGUCUCUUCUCUCCACUCCUCACAAAGAACGUUUUUCGUCCUUUUUUAAUAAGAAAAGAGAGAAAGGUCUCCUAGAUGUGAGAUUUAAUUAGAAGAUAUAUAACUGUGUGCUUUGUAUGUAUCUUAAAGUUUUUAUUGUAAAUAUAUAGAUAUAAAUAUGUAUCACAUUGCAGUCAGUAGCAGUGUACUUAAGAAAAAGAAAUGACAUUUUAAAAGAGCAAGUGAGCAUACACUGUUGAGAUCAUGUAAACAUUUAAUCUAAAAGAAAAAGCAAAACAAAAGUUUUAUUUGAUUUAACAUGUAUAUUUGUAAAGCUAUUUAUAGACAUAGGGUUUUUAAGGGGGUCUACAAUUAUAGUCGGGUUUUGGUACUGUAAACAAAGGGUUUUUCUUCUUUUAAAUUUUGUAAGUUAUUUACCACAGAUUUACUUUUUUUCCUUCCAUUUCUUAGUUUACAUUGACAAGAAUGUAUGAGAAACUAAUUGGUGAUAUCAGCAGAUUAAGAGGAUGAAAUUAUGAAUUCUAAAGCAAGAAAUAAGUAUACUAGAAGUUGCUUUGCCCGAUUCUCGGUAUUGAAUUUCGCGAUAAAAGGACCACAAGCGCUUCUGCUCUUCACGAGGAAACCACGCCGAUGUUCAGACUCACACUUAAAGCACUUUUCAUCGUUUUUGUACAGUAUGAAAAAAAACAAAUUCAUAUUUGGGCUUCCAUGCAUAGUGUUUAUCAAAACAAUAAGUAAAAAAACAUGGUUUUCCCUGAAGAUGGGCGCUGUGAUCCUUUCAUAUGAAGGAGUGCUAUGUGGGUUAAACCUAACAUGGCACAUAGAAAUAUGGUGAAACCAUACUGUACGUUAUGAGUUUGUUGCUCUUAUUUGCUCUUUUGCUAAUGAAUAUGUAUAAUAACAUUUUUGAGGUAAUCCUCCGGGUCGGUGUGUUUGCAAAGUGCCAAAAUCUUUCUCUCUGCUCUGAGUUUUAUGUUAAUGAGUACAGAACCGUUAUUGCUAUUCAACUCCAGCGUGCAUGGUUGUCAGAUGAGUGUCUCUGGCCCUGCGAAUCGAAGCGAAGCAUUAUGGGAUAGCUUGGACGUGUCUCAGGGUGUCCUCAGACAAUUGCAUUCAAGCAGAAAGCCGGCAAUAAUAUAAUAUAAUGGGGAGAAAAAGAGGAUGAUUCGCUUGCUGCUAAACUACGAAAACUGUAGAUUUGAUACGAGAUGACUGUACAGCUCCCUCCUCCUGCAAAACAUAGCAUUUUUGUACUUGUUAAGUGCCUGGGAGGGAGUUGAGUGGCUGAAUAUUGCGACGUACGGUUUGAAUGUACGGCCACAUCGACAAAACGAUAUAAGCAGGGUGUUUCUUAAAACGAUUGAGCAAACGGCACUUUGUUACCUUGAUUCUCAGAUUGGGUUCUCAAAGAUAUGGAUGACGUCGUUCUGUAAUUUCUUCUUCCAGCUGUGGGACAACAUGUUUCGUGUUUUUGAGUGUUUGUCCAUUCGUUUACUGUUUGGUGUGGGAUGGCAGGGCAAGCGAUCGCUCUCGGCUUCCAUUUUUGUACAACCUGUAACCUCCGGCUCACAUCCUCCGCUCUACUACUGACAGCCCUCUUGCAUUGUUUCCAACCUAUCAAACAAUGUUGCUGGUCCUUUUCCCUCCUUGACACAGAUCGACAUUAUUUAUUUCCUUGUAUUUAUGUUUUAUUUGAUCCGUUUCCUUUCAUGACCUUGUCUUGUUCAAAAGGCCAGCAUUCCUUCAUGCUUUUGUGUUUUAGGAUGGAGGUAGAGCCGAGAUGCAUUUAGGGGUUGAAGAAAGUUUGCAAUGUUUACAAUGAACAUCCAGACAGUGUUAAAGGACAAUGUGUUUCCCCAGCACUUUUAAAGCGGCUGGAUGAUGAGCAAUACUGGUCUGAUGUCAACACACGCAUUUGUUCUUUUCCUCUUAAGCUCUAUUUGAUAGUGCCAUUCAGCUCUUAUUAGAAUUAAGAUAAUAAAUUAAGUUAUAGAUUUAAAUUCGCAAAUGAUUGUUGUAUGUCGAGUAGAUAUAGGUGUGUUUUUCUUUUGUUUUGUUUCAAUAGGGAUGAAAACUUCUUUACAGUAUUUUCUUGCAGAAGAAUUGCAUUGCAUUCCAGGUAGAUUUCUUUCUUCACGCGGUGAGGUGACAUGUUUGCAGAAUUAACGUCAUUCAGCAUCUGCAUCCCUCUCUGUUUAACAUAAGAUUGGAAUAGUUGACUAACAGUGUUUUGUUGUUUUUCCAUAUCUCUGUAUGUGUGGAACAUUCCGUUCUGUUUCAGUUGUGCCCCUCACGAGCUGUUAAACCUCUUUACACUCUAUCAGUCUGUGCCUGACGGAAUUAUGCUGUCAAUCAAAACCUUUUCAAUAAACACAACAAAACGAG